AUGAAGAAAUAUUUGACUUAUUUCAAUAUGAGGCUUAGAACAUCGAGAUUAGGCUACCUGGUACUUCAGUUCUUAGCGCUGUGUUUUUACACACAGAACACAGUGCGGUCCCACUCCCCACCUCCUAAUUUCAAGCACCAUGUGAACGAGCAGUGCCGGUUGUCUGACCGGAUGAGCCGCCGGUUGAUUCGGACCUACCAGCUUUACAGCCGGACCAGCGGCAAACAUGUCCAGGUUCUGGGCAAUAAGAAAGUGAAUGCCAUGGGCGACGAUGGAGCUGUGCACGCCAAACUUGUGGUGGAGACGGACACGUUUGGUAGUCGUAUUCGGAUCAAAGGGGCAAAGACGGGCUACUACAUCUGCAUGAACAAGACGGGGAAAUUGAUUGGCAAGCGGAAGGGUCGCGGCAAAGACUGCAUCUUCACAGAGAUCGUUCUGGAGAACAACUACACUGCUCUCCAGAACGCUAAAUAUGAGGGCUGGUACAUGGCCUUCACACGUAAAGGAAGGCCCCGCAAGGCCUCCAGGACCAAGCAACACCAGAGGGAAGCCCACUUCAUGAAACGCCAGCCCAAGGGCCACCUCCUGGGUGACACCCAGCCCUUUGAUGUCCUCCCCCUCCCCGUGGUCCCCUUCCACCCCCGGAGGACUAAACAUACCCAUCACCACAGCUCAGGGGCCCACUGAGGAAAGAACAGACGAAGAAGAAGCAAAGGGAGGGAGGGGAACACACCAAACUAAAAUACCACUACCAUACUUCUGCUCCUUGCAAGGACUCCUUUUGUUGUGUUUUGUACCGGAUUGUGUCUAAAACAAUGAGUAGACUAUCUUAUCUGCUACGUCAGACUGAGGUUUAUUCGUAGGAAAGAGUUUUUAUAACCAGAGGACGAUUUUAGUGCUCAAGCACUCGAUGAGAUUUGAAUGAAUGGACAUCUUGGGCUUAGUGAUAACCCUACUCAGCUAUAAAGAGAGGAUGUUAUGAGAGAGAAAUAAUGAAUACACAUUACAUGGCAGCUAUCUUUGGAUCAUCAUGUGGUUGCAUCAACUAAAUAACAGUGAAUACAUGUAAAACACAUUAUUUAGCAUUUAGGAGGCCAUUUUCGUUCAUCUGUUUUCUACAUAUAUGAAUAUAUUUUUAAUUGGAAGAUUUGUAAAAUACGUUUAAAUGAUGGACAUAUUUAUUGUAGAGUGUGUAUUAAAAUCACA